GUCAACUGUCAGCAAAAAUCAGAUCAGAUCAAAGCAAGUCAUUUUUUUUUUUCAUUGUGGUGUACACGCGUUUAUGUGCUGUUUUUUGAAAAUUUGUGAUUAAUUUGUGAAAAUUUGUUAAUUUAUUUUUUCCGCAAGAUGAGUCAAUCACCUCAGCACGAAAAACAUCCGUCCUCCGCGGAUGAGCACGACGACGGUGACGAAAGCGACACGAUGGACGAACUCAAUUCGGACCAGUGCUCGUCCGGCGAGGAGGAAUACGACUCGGACGACAGCGAAAUGUGCCAGGACAUCGUAAACGAUGUGCGCGAUUUGGCCAAACGGGAAAAGAUGGAAGUGCUUAUCGAGGUGAUCAAGAGCCGCACCGAGCAGCUUCGGCUCCAUCGGCAGCUGGAAGUGUACCAGUACGCAAUGGAUGUUCUUGGUGGCGAGAAAACGCGACUCCAGCUGGAUCUGGCACUGACCACCAAGACGCUACUGGUGCUGAAGGAUGCAUUAACUGAACAACGCAAACAGGAUGAGAAAGUUCUCGCUCGACUCAACUUGACGUCGGAUUUUAUUGGCGAUUUGGACAUGAAGCGAGUUCAGUUGAUCAAGGAAAUUCGCCAUUUGACUGCUCAGUUUGCGGAGCAUAGGGCCAAAACUGAACAAACGGCCAACGAACGCCUUCAGGAUGAAAUCAAUCGGUCCCGUCAGCUGCAAGACCAAUUGGAUGCAGUGUACGUCAGCAACAACGAUUUGAAGCAAGAGUUGACGGAAGUGGAUGAAGCUCGUCAAGCGUUAGCUUCCACUCUUUCGGACCGUCUGAAUGAGUUGGCCAAGUUAACCGAGGAACUGCAAGAUGCCCAAAAACGUAUCGAGGUAGACGCUCAGACAAAUGCAAAACUAACCGAGAACGUUGAAAUGUUUCUAACUGAGAAGACACAGCUUGCAACGGAAGUUCUUGAAUUGGAAAACCAAAUGGCCGAGCUGGAGCAGACGAAUGCAGCAAAGUUGGGCGAAAUGGAGCGAAACGCAAACUCUCAACUGUUGGCACUCGAACAGCAGAAAGAUGCAAAGCUGGCGGAAGUUGAACAAGCGUGGAAGAGCAGAUAUGAAGAAGAAAUGAAAAAAGUUGAUGUCAAGCUGACAGAUGCAAAUGCGCAGAUGAAAGAGAUUGAGAAGCAAAAUGCGGAUUUGAAAGAAACAGUUGAGAAAUUGCGAUCAGAUCUGGAGACUACCGCUAAGCAACUGGAGCAGGAAAAGGAGCGAGGAAAAGAAUUGGAUGCUAAGAUUAGUGACAUCCAAACCAUGCUACACGAUCGAGACAAUGAAAUCACUUCUUUGAACAGCAAAUUGAAUGGAGAACAUAAACGAGUCGAUAAGGAAAUGGAGAGAAUGGAAGAGCUUAAUACAAAGCUCAAGGAUCUUCAGAUGGAUAAUGAGAAGAAGGUCAGUGAUCUUGAAAAUCAGCUUGAAAUUGCUCAAAAGGAAACCGAAGUUAUCAAAGCGAAAAACGAGAAGCUUGAAAAUGAGAUGAAGGAUCAAGCCGCCAAAAUCAACGCAAUGGAAUCGACCAUUUCGGAAAAGGAGAAGGAGCAAGCUGCCUUGCAAGAAAAGACAGAAAAGGACGGAAAUGAGCUUCGGAAACUCAGCGUUCAACUGGCCGAACAAAAAUCCACGAUUCAAUCCUUGGAGGAAAAACUGAAAGCAAAAAUUCAGGAAGAUAUUCGGUCAAACGUCGAAAACCUGAACAAUGUAUCCACUGCCCAGAUCACUUCCACGCCGCUUCGACACCCUAAAAUUUCUGAAAGCUUGGACGUUCCGUUAACCAAGAGAAUGCGCCUCGUCGAUAAUGAUGUGAUGAGUGUCCAAUCCAGUAUUUCGAACUACACCAGCUUUCAGGGCAAUGUGGAUCGAAAGCGUGACUCCGGUCGGUUCUUUACCCGUAAGUCACCAGUUCAUGCGAAGAAAAAACCUGAAGCGAGAUCGUUCUUCGCCCGGUCGGAGAAGCAGCACUUGGACGAUGAGCUGAUCAGUUUGGCGAGUACCAUAAAUUUGGAUGAGGAACCGCUGGAAACUGGUAAUCUGAGCAUUAGCGUAUCACCAGUCCCACUUGUGAAACCAUUCUUCCGCAGGCAGUCGGAGAAAAAGUAGCUUUUUACCGUUUCUUAACGCUGACUAUAACGUUUACAACAUUCAAUGAAUUCGAUCGAAAGAUUAAGAUUGUUUCUUUUUCCAUUCUAGAUUAAUCAUAUUUAUUAGAAUACACUCAAUAAUGAUUGUACAUAUGUAAAAAUACAAGAUCUAGUGUAAAUCGUA